AGUAGUAGUGUGCAUUCACACAGAUUUUCUUCUCCACCAAAGAUUGGGACCUGAUCCUGCGAUAUGGUUGCAAGCACAACCACAAAGAUACUUGGGUUCGUGGUGAUGGUGGUUGUAGCAGACAUCGUAGCAAUAGGUAUCUACUACAGUCUACAGCCCGCCCCUCAUACCACCCCCGCCAGUGAUGACGUUCUCUCGCCGCCUUCCCCUUCCGACACCGUCCUGGGUGUAUUCAGCCGAGCAGCCGUAGUCAGUGAGGGAGGUCCAUGCGCUGGUUUUGGCAGAGAUAUUCUGGCGCAAGGAGGUAACGCAGUGGACGCAGUUAUAACUACCCUCCUGUGUGACGGGGUCUGCGUCAUGCAAUCCAACGGAGUUGGUGGAGGAUUUGUGAUGACGAUUUACAACAGUUCAGAAGGAAAAGCCUACUCCUUGAUUGCCCGAGAGACCGCGCCAGGACUGGCUACGCAGGAUAUGUACGUCAACCACUCAGAUUGGGCAACUAUAGGACCUAAGGCUGUUGGAGUUCCAGGAGAACUUAAAGGCUAUCAGGAGCUCCAUGGUAAAUUCGGGAAUCUCGAAUGGAAGACUCUUUUUCAGCCGACUAUUAAACUAGCCCAGGAAGGCGUCCCUGUGAAUAAAAGGCUCGCUGAACAUUUUGCCGAAGAGGCUGCUAAGAUUAAAAACAGCGAUACAUUUGUAAAGGUGAUUCUGAACUCUACGGGAGGCCGGCUGCCCAAGGAGGGAGACAAGAUCAAGCUGCCACUCCUAGCACAGACUCUCAGUGUGAUAGCAAACAGUCCCAAGAGGGCAGAUGAGUUGUACAACGGCAGUCUGACCAAAAAGUUUGUGGAUGAUAUCCAAGCGGCGGGCGGCAUCAUCACCGAGGAGGACAUGAAUAAUUACGCGGUACAGUGGGAGAAGCCCUACAGAGCCAAUCUAUCCGACGGCUCCACAGUGUACUCUGCAGCCCUCCCCGGCUCUGGUAUCCUAGUAACGUUUAUGCUGCGAGUUCUGGACGGUUUCCUGCAGUUCGCUUACUCUGACUUGCAGCGGUCCCAGCUCAUAAUUGAAGCCUUCAAGCAUGCGUACGGUCGCCGCUCAGACUUGGGGGACUACCACAAAAUAAAUCCUACAAUUUUUGAAGAGGUGAAAAAGAAUCUAACGGAUGAAGCGGCAAUACUCGCUGUGAGGGAGAAAAUCAAGAGUAAUUGGACAUCCAAUGACGUGUCUUACUACGGCGGCCACUACCUGAAGGAUGACCACGGAACCAACAACGUGGUGGUCGUGGACCAACAGGGCAACGCUAUCAGUGUUACCAGCACACUCAAUCUUCUGUUUGGCAGCAAGUUCGUCUCCACAAGCACGGGGAUCAUCCUCAACGACCAGAUGGAUGACUUCUCCACACCAGGCAUAAAGAAUUCCUACAACAUCGCCCCCUCAGAGAACAACUUUAUAGCCCCAGGCAAGCGACCCUUAUCCUCUAUGAGUCCAACCAUCGUGGUGGACAGUGGCGGAGAUGUCAAACUUGCCGUGGGAGGGGCUGGUGGCUCUAAAAUCACCACUCAAGUCACCCUCGUAACGAUAAGGAACCUGUGGCUAGGGAAGAACCUGAAGGAGGCAAUAGACGAACCGCGGUUCCAUCAUCAGCUUCUCCCCAUGAACGUUACGUAUGAGUAUGGAGUCUUAAAGGAAGUUGUUGACGGCUGGCACAACAUAGGCCACAGCACCAACAGGCUGUCGAAGAGCGGUUUUCUGGCUAUAGUGAACGGCGUAGCUCGACUAGGUGCGAAUCUCACGGCCAACUGUGACUGGAGGAAACCUGGAUCUCUCGCUGGUCUUUGAUCCAACUAAACUACGUAAUUUAUGUGAACCAAUACACGAAAAUUUUUAUACUUAA